AUGAAGUCAAUACAAGAUUUGAAGCCUUUCGACUUGAAGUUGAAGCAAGCAAGAAAUCUACGGAUGGAAGGUUGGAUAAUAUUGAAGGAAAAGCUACUUGCUGUCACAACAGCUGAUAGCUCUUUUCCACAAAAUCAAGGUGUUUUGGCUGCCCAGAAUACUCAACCAGCUGCUUUGCCCAUUCAAAGAAGGAAGCAAAUCGAUCCACAAGACACUGUUGGUGAUAUUUACAAAGAAAGUAAAGCAAAACCUGUGCGGCCAUCUAUUCAACCUGAACAACAAUGUGAAGAACAAUUCCGGCAACCUAAGGGCCAUGAAAUGAAGGUAAAAACAGUACAAAGGGAUGCUGAAACGUAA